AUGAUUUCAAAUAUAAUAAACUUUAAAAAUAAAAAUAAAAUAUUUUAUUUAUUUUAUUUUUUGGGUUUAUUGUUUUUAUUUUUCGGGAAAUGCAUAGGAGAAUAUAAUCAAGAAAAUGAUGCAAGUGAGUAUGAAGAUUAUGAUAGGAUAGAUGGGAUGGAAGAUGGAAUUUAUGAAUAUUAUGACAAUGAAGAAGAAGAAAUUGAACAAAAAUAUAGAGAAACAACGAGAAUGACUGUCGUUGCUACUAGAGAUAAAAGAGGAGAUGAUUAUAGACAAAAUACGUUAAAAAGAUUAAGGAAACUUGGAAUUACUCUUGAUAAAGAAACAACAACAACUCCAGCAAUUCCAAAAACUAUAGAAUCCUUCCCUUCAAUUCCUCCACCUUUUCAACCCUCAAAAACAAUUUUAGAACAACAAAAAUUAAUUGAAAAACAAAUAAUCGAAAUAACAACACAAAAAACACAGAACCCAACAACCAAAACAAAAAUAAAUGAAUGUAAAGACAAGAAUAAAUCUUUUCAUAAAAUGUUAAUUAUUGGAUCUAUUAUUUUAUUAAUUUUUAUUUUAUUGGCUAUUUCUAUAUAUUAUUGUGUAAUGAAAUAUUGAGAUGAUAAUUUGGAGGAUUUUUAAAGAGAUUUUUAGAAUUUUUUUAGUUUAAUGUUACACAGUUAUAGACAGGGCUGGGCUAGUUUCGCAUUAGUUUCGCAGUUUCGCACUAGUUUCGCAUUUCGCUUUUUAUUUU